AUGGCAGGGAGCUCUAAUGUGCCCCACAAGACCUCGCUGCCCGAGGGCAUCCGAGUCGGCACGGUGAUGAGGAUUCGUGGUGUCGUCCCGGACAAGGCUGGCAGGUUCUAUGUGAAUCUGCUGUGCAGCGAGGCCCCGGGGAGUGAGGCCGCCCUGCAUUUCAAUCCCCGCCUGGAUGAGUCAGCUGUGGUCUUCAACACCCUGGAGCAGGGCACCUGGGGCCGAGAGGAGCGCGGCUCAGGCAUUCCCUUCCAGCACGGGCAGCCCUUCGAUGUGCUCCUCAUUGCCACGGAAGAAGGCUUCAAGGUGGGUCCCGGCCACCGCCAGGCGUGGAAGCCAGGGCGGCUGCUGGUGGAGGAGGGGAGCAAGGGCGUGGCCGUGCUGGGCAGGGGCUUCCCGCGUCCCCCUGCUCCCCCCGGUGCAUCCCCGCUGGUGUCCGAAGGCAGGGGGGCGGCAGCGGCAAGGCCCAGCGCGCAAGAGCCAAGUGCCCAGAGGGUGGGGGUCCCCUCGCGGGCCAGCGGGGCCCCGGUUUUCUCCCCGACAGCGU